AAAACCCCAAAUAUUAGCGGACUGUAUCUGCUACUGCUAUGACUUUCUUCUCUCGGGGAGGCUCCUAUAUGCUAGUAUAACAUAUUAUAGUCUAAUGAAGCUAUCAUGGCUUAAUUGAGUUCAGGUUGUGCCUCACUUUAAUGAAUAGCUCUCCAUCAGUUUUACCGCACAACACCAGACUUUUGCCAUUUUGUUAUUAAGAUGAUUGUUAGCAGGAGCUCAAUGUAAGGACUGGUUUCCUGAGAUGAAGCCCUUCAGUGACCAGGACAGUGGUUAUGAAGAAAUUCUCGAGCCCCUGCCUUCGCUAUGGGGACUUGUGGAGCAGCAGGUACCAGUGAGUGAGAGGGCUGAGUUCAAGAGGAUUCUAGGAGAGGCUGCUGUUGACCUCAGCUUAGAGCUGCAUGCAGAGUUUGAGGUUCUGCUGGGUCUUUGGAGAGAGUUGAGGUCCAACUGCUUAGCAUCAAGUCAAGCAUCAAGUUCUCUCCACAGCAUCAGCUCUCUACUGGCAGACCCUCCUGUGAUUAAGGAUAUGGUGACUCAAGAGAUCCGGAUGCUCCUGCUUGCAGUGAGACAGAAGGCGCGUCAGGAGGGAAGGAAUGUAGACCAGGCGCUGGCUAAAUAUAACCCCAAAAUUGUCAACUUUGCAUUGGGAACAACUCGGUCUGACAGUAGGAUAAAUAGCGGAACUGGUGCCAGACUGAAAGACCAGGGAGCCAACAGGCACCAGAUGGGCAGCAGGUGUAGUGAUGAUCGGCCUGUGUCCUCUUUGUCUACUGGAUCCAGCAUUGAAGAUGAACUUGAAGAAAUUAAGGAGAAGUUAAAGGUUUCUGACAUUGAUGAGGUCAUAGCACACCUCCAGUCUUUACUGGAUGAGGAAUGUAUGACUCUAGAGAGAGAUCUAGCAUUUCUACAGCAACGCUUAGAAGAGGAACAUGUCUAUGCAACAGAGGUGCAGACUUCUCUCCCUGAGCCAUCGCUGGCAGAACUAAGGCAGGAGAGGCGGGUCAUUGAGCGAGACCUACAACUUAACCAACUUGCAGUAACCUCAAGAGACUCCCAAAAGAACUUGAAAGUGUCAAGAUCUAUAGAAUCAGUCCCAAGGAUCCCAUCUGGGUCACAGAAAUUGACAUUGAGCAAUCGGCCUCUCUCUGGCAACCUGCAGGGUUCUGAACGUAGCGCCUCUCCUAAUAGUCCAGCUUCCAUGCCAGGCUCACCUGCUGCACAGAGAAACAGCGCCCUCUCUUUUGCGCCCGUGAUGCCUACAUCCCUAAUUCCAUCCGCACCAAAUCAGCCUAAGGCUUCUGCAAAGCUGACAUUUGUUGGGUCAGAGGAAAGUAUAGAGAAAGGAAUGACUGUGGCAUCGCACAGGAACAUUAAAAGUACAAGCGCUGCACAGAGACGAGACCCACUCAACAAAUGCCUUUCAUAUGACAUUCCAGCUAAUCCAGAACCAUUAGCAACUAGACUGUUGGGGAAAGUUCUGCCUCAGGAUUGUGUUCUUACAGAGCAGACUCAGACUCUAUUCAGCCAUGGACUGGUGCCCCAAAAAUUGGACUUGGCAUUUGUUCCAUCACCACCGGCAGUGCAGCGACCGUCUAACAGUUCUAAUUCACUUUUAUCUCUCCGGAGAAUGAGGCCACAGCAGUCGCACUCUUAAUCUACAUUUCUACUCUGAUAUUCCUGCAACUCUGUACAGUAAGGAUAUUAGGAAUGUAUUGCUCUGUUGAUGAUACAGAGCACAACUAAUUCCACAAUAAGGCAUGGAAGAAAGUUUGGCUUUAAGGUAUAUGCCCUGACUUGCUCUUCUCUAAACCCAAUAUGGCAGCAUUUACAACUCAUCUUUAGGCCAGCAAAGAUAAUGAAACAUCUAUGGAAGAAAUUUGUUUUUAUCUCAUUUAUACAAAUCAUUCUUGAGGUGUCGGGAGGUAAAAGGGCCCAUUGGUUUUAUUCCAAUUGGUGCAAUAUUCUCUAAGGAAAGGACUAGGCCUGGACUGGGAUUCUCUAAGUAGGCCCUGGCAUAUCAAGUACACAGAGGCCCAAACAGCCUCCCCACUGACCUAAUACAUAGUGACUGUCUAUGGCAUCUUACAGCCAGGCCCAGAUUUGUGGAGAGGCCACAAAGGCCCUGGCCUAGGGUGGCACAAAUUUAGGGGUGACAUGCUGCCCAGCUGCACCUGAACUUUGCUCACAAAUGGUGCACUGGGGGCGGGACAUGCAGAAAACUUCGUCCUCUCCCCAGCACUUUAGAAUUGCUGAAUAGGAGGAAGCACUUUCAGCACAGGGAUUCUGGGUUCCAUUCCAGUUAGGGUGUUAUCUUCAACGUUGCCUGAAGGUUCUCCUGUGCUUGCAUUGGUUUCCCCCUCACUCCAAAAAUAUACAGACAGGCUACUUGACUCUUGAUAAUAUUGGCCCUACAGUGUGUGAAUGUGAUAGGGACAUUAGAUUGUAAGCUCCACUGGGGCAGGGACUGAUAUGAAUGAUGUAUAAUCUCUGCUGAGUGCUGCAGAAUAUGAGAAUACAAUGAUUUGAAUGUUGCUAUAGAAUGUGUCAGUAUAGACAGACAGACAGUUAUAUGUGUGUGUGCUACUCAGGUCUCACCAUGUUUGUAAAACUCACAAAUAUAUUUGCUGUGUUUUGACACUAGGAAAUAAAUAUUGAGCAAAACAUGUA